CAAUCUGAGAGAAGGGAAAAAACCAACCAAGAGAAUCUUUUGAAACAAGAGGAACAAAGAAAGUCAAGCAGUUGAGUCAUAUUGGUUCUCUUAAUACCAUUACUUUUUCACUUGCAAGUUCAGGAGGUUCAAGAAAUGGAGAUAAGAGAAUUGGUUCUUGGUGUGAGGCUUUUUAUAUUUCUAAUGAUCUUUAUAAGGCAUGGCCAAGUUUCUGCCAUGGAAAUGGGGCUUUCGAGUGAUUUGACGUCGUCCCCAGCCACCGCAAUGUACAUGUUAGGAGACUCGUCUGUUGAUUGUGGAGACAACACUCCGUUCUAUAGUCUCUUACACCGGAACCUGUCUCUCUUUCCAUGCAAUGGCUCUGAUGCAACUCUUCUUCCUCAGCUUCUUGCAAAGAAGAUGGGCUUGCCGAAUGCCAUACCAUUCUACAGCCAAAAUGGCUCGAUUCAUGGUAUACUAGGAGGAGUGAACUUUGGAUCAGCAGAAGCUACAAUUCUAUACCCUGGCAGCCGAAGCUACCAAUCCCUCAACCAGCAACUACGUCAAGCGUUUGACAUCAUUCAGCUAUUGCAGCUUCAGCUUGGAGAAGAAACUGUGGACAAUUUCGUCAAAUCCUCUGUUUUCUACCUCUCGUUUGGGAAAGAGGAUUUCAUCGACUACUUCCUUGACAACUCAUCUGGGACAGGUUUCAAGGACAGCAGCCAAAACUUCACUCAAAUUUUAGUUAACCAGAUGACGAAUGCGGUGAGAAAUCUUUAUGCCACUAAUGUGAGAAAGAUUGUGUGUGCUGGUGUUCUGCCUUUGGGAUUUGCACCCCAUGUACUACUGAAGUGUGAACGUUCAUCAAAGAGUUUAAGAAAAGCUUGCUCGGAUCAGAUUAACUCGCUCGUGUUGGAGUACAAUAGGAGGCUGGAGGAGAAUGUUGUUGUCAUUAGUGAAGAAUUGCCCGAAGCCCAGGUAAUCUUCUGUGAUGUUUAUCAAGCCAUGAUGGAGUUCAUGGGCAACCCUAAGGCCUAUGGAAUUAAGGAUGUAAAGAACGCCUGCUGUGGGCUAGGUAGGUAUGGUGCGGCGCGCGGUUGUAUCUCGACAGAAAUGGCCUGCCAAGACGCUUCAACGCACGUCUGGUGGGACUUAUACAACCCCACCCCUGCCGUUAACUCCCUGUUGGCUGAUUCAGCCUGGUCUGGGAAACCUUUGUCUUCCAUUUGCCGUCCCAUGAACGUGCAAGAACUUCUCUCCUCCUCAGUAUAAUAACCUCUCUGUCUCACUCUCUCACUCACACAUCCAUGUCCUAAAAAGAGCAAUGGAUGAACUGCAUUGUGUUCAUUCAGAUUUAGCUGAUAUCUGAUAGAUCAGCCAUGUUGUCAUAAACUUAGAAUGUUUGUCAAGUUUUAGGUGGAAAUGGGGUGGGAAGAAAAUUCUGAUUUCACCGGCA